UUCAUUGGAUUUCUGGUUGCUCUCGCUGAAUAAAAAUGGAUAUCGAUACUAGCCAUACCGAAUUAGGAGAUAAAAAAUCUUAUGCGGGAAUACCCGAAGCUGAAUUUGUGGAAGAUGUAGAUUCUUACAUGAAGAGAACUGAAAACAAUGGGAAUGUUGAUGAUGUACUGAAAAAACUAGAUAGCCAGCAUGCCAAAUACAAAUUCAUGGAAUAUAAUUUAUUAUCAAAAAAGAAACGUUUACAAACCCAAGUUCCAGAAUUGAAACGUUCUUUGACUAUGAUAGAGAAACUUGAAGAAGAAAAAGAAGAAUUUGAAACACAAUUCUUGCUCAGUGAACAAGUUUUUGCCAAAGCUAAGGUUCCUCCCACUGAUAAUGUAUAUUUGUGGCUUGGUGCAAAUGUAAUGUUAGAGUACACUCUAGAGGAUGCCAAGAAACUCUUAUCCCAAAAUAUUUCUGCAGCCACUAGAAAUUUAGGAUAUGUUGAACAUGAUCUAGAUUUUUUAAGGGAUCAAUUUACCACCACUGAAGUUAAUAUGGCAAGAGUUUUCAAUUGGGAUGUUAAAAGAAGGCAAGCCUUGAAAGCAGCAGCUAAAUGAAGAUGUUC